CUGACGCCGAAAGAUAAAAAGCAAACAAACCGAGAAUAAACAGUUGAUAUUAAUAAAAAGCAUAAACUCAGCUCGGACGCAAACCGCACAACAAACCAGCUUAGCUGGGGCGCACAACCAGACUGUCAAGCGAGUGCACAAAUCAUCGAGCAUUUAGUUUGUGCAGCAACCAAUACGAUCCACAGCGCAUGUGAAGAGGCUUCAAAAUAGUUUUAACUACAAAAUGGCAACAAUGACGUCACAAAGCAACGGCACAAACGGCGAUACAACGGUAGAUGACUAUAUAACCGUUGUGGAAGUUGACGAUCCUACAUCGUCCACCAAAGACACAAACCAUUUGAAAAAGCUAGUCAAGCGACAAAGCUCUGUGGCUGAAGAUUCAUCGUUUAUAACAGUGUUGACUAUAAAUGAGCAGCAGCAACGACUACAACAACAACAAAAGCAACAACAGGAAGCGGCAACCGAUGCAGCUGAGCAUGUAACUGUUUAUCGACUGCCAGGCGAGCGUUUGGGCUUUGGUUUGAAGUUUCAGGGCGGCACACGCAAUACAGAGCUGGUGGAGAAGCUCUAUAUACAGUCCUGCGCUGCAGAUAGUCCUGCAUCCAAGGUGGCCACCAGCUGGGGGCAUCUGCGCGAGGGCGACGAAAUCCUCAACAUAGAUGGCAGCCAAGUAAGCGAGCUAACACGCAUUGAAUGCGUGCGUGGGCUGAAGGAUAAUGUAGCCAUUAAGCUUAUAGUGCGCAAUGGACAUGGACAGAAGCCGCCCAGCGAGGAGGAGCCAGCCACAGAGCUGUGCAUUUCACUCAAUGCACAGCCGCCGCCACCACCGCCAGUGCCGCCACGCAAGCUAGUGAAGCGUCAAAACUCCAAGGAGGCCGCAGUGCAGCUGUGUAUAGAGAAGCCGCUAACGCCGCCGCCAGACGCCGAGUACUACAUCAAUUUGUUUGCUGAAUCGCUCAAAGCUGGCUCCGAGUCGGAUGACACUGCCAGCACUAUAUCCACAGUCAUUGACAAGUUCUCCAUGAGCUCCAACUAUAGCUCGGAUACGGAGCUGGCAAGCAGUCUGGAGCUGGCUAAGCUAGUGCAGCCAUUUACGCUGCUGGAGCAAGAAUUUCAGCUGGAGCAGCCGCUGCCCAAGUUGCUUAUACCAGGCAACAACUAUGAGAAUGUGGAGUUCAAAACGGAGAAGGUGAAUGUGUAUGAAAAUGUGGAGCUCACACCCACGCCCAAGCCGCGAGUGCAGCUGGCUAGCGUGGAGCCCAAGAAGCGCUCCAUCAUACCCAUGCCGCGCAAGCUUGCGACGCACAGCAAGCAGCCCAUUGAGGUGUCGCCGCCACGCGUGCCAGACUCACCCAAAACGCUCACAAAGGAGUGCAAGGACUCCAAAAUACCCAAGUCCGCUUUUUCACGCGCCAAAACCGAAGGUGAGAUUAAGCUGCAGCUCAAGCAGCCGUCGCCGCAGCUCAAAUCGCGCAUACCCAUAGUCAGCAGUCCAGUGGUAGCCAAGCCAGCGCUAGUUGCCAGCAAAUCCUCGCCAGCUGCCAGCUCCAAUAUACCGCGACUGCUGCAGAAGCAAAAAUCUGAAACAGAUCUUAGCCUCGGUCUGUAUCGCAGCAAGUCCAAGGAGUCUAGUCCGAGUCCCACGCAGCUGCGUGCGCCGCUGCAGCGCGCCAACUCUGUUGAAGCCACGCCCACGCCACGCACGCCCGAACGCACUUUCAUACCCGUGCUAAGCAGCUGCAAAAGCAACGCCAACUCAAGCGAAUCGCUCAGCUCCAAUUGCAGCAGCAGCAGCAGCAGCGUCACGCGCUCAUCCAAAGGACCCAAGCCCAAGCCACCGGAGCGUGUGCAAUCCUUGCAGAAAACACAAAUACCCAAGCUGCAAACUGCGCUGCCCACAACGCCGCCAACGCAGCAGCCCAAGCUUAGCAUGCAAACGUUCAAGCAGCCACCAGCCACGCCCCGCAGCACGCCAGUCAAUACGCCCUCGCCCAGCAGCAGCAAUCGUGAAAUACGCUUCAAAAUACAAACCUACGAGAGCAAGCAGCAGCAUGAGGACAAGCUGCCCAGUCUGUUCGAUCUGGUGCACAAACAGGACACAACUGAGCAGCCCUCAACCCAAGCACCAGCAGCUCAUCGUGAUAUUGCCGCUUUGCUUGCUGCCGCUGCCGCAGAGGCUGCUGAUCUUUCACGCGAGUCGCCACCGCCUUUGGUUGUAGGCAAAUGCACCAAAAUUGUGGAUGAUGCUGAUAGCAACACUUGCUACUCCAGCUCCAGCAGCGACGACGACGAUGCUGAACAGGAUGAAGCAGAUGCUGCUGAACGCGAAUAUAUUUGUGAGGAUGGCGAGAAACUGGGACCACCUGAGCUUAUCAAUGGUCCAGGACCCUCGGAGGCUUAUUUCAAUAUGUAUUGGCAUUCGAAUAUGCUGCCCACCAUUGGCGAAGUGGAGGAGGAGUUCUCCUCGCUGGAGCCGCAGUCGUUAACAAAUGGCGCCAACGCGACUGUGGAGGAAUCAAAGAAGCUGCCAACACCAGCACCACCACCACAAUACGUGCAGUCGUCGCCCAAGGUGCCACACCAAACGAGCAACAUGGAAGCAGCAGCAGCAGCUGAUAAGAUAGUCGACGCUAAGCAGCAGAGCAACUGCAGCGAAACAAAGCAAAGCAGCAUAACCACCAAAAUCGUUAGCACCAAGACGUUUAGCAGCUCCACUUCGGGAGCGGACCAGCACCAGCACGAGCAAGCAAGCUUAGUGGGGAGUCGCUCUGGUUGCGAUGUUGUGUUCAAGCUGCAGCCUUAUGAGGAGCGUGAGGCUGAGCCUGGCAGCACCACCAUACGCGAGGAGCGACGCGUUGUAAGCGAGCAGCAAACGCUAAGCGAACUGCGCACCACGGACGCGCUAACUGGUGAGGAGCAGCUGCUCACCAGCGCCGAGUCGAAGAGCAGCAGCUCACGCUUCAAGAAAAUCAGCAGCAACGACAAUCUGCUCGACCUGGCCGAGGUCGAGCAGCUGCAGCCGUUGACUGCCAGCGUCUCCGCGGAGACAAAGCUAACGGAGCGUUUGGAGAAUCCCAAGGAUAAACAGUCUAUUGAAAAGGGUACACUGAACUUAUCCGAAUGCGGCAAGCAGCUGCAGCUAAACGACACAGGACUUGUCUACACCGAAUGCGAGCAAACCGAGCAGCAAACUUAUAUUGAAGGACAGCAGCUGCUCAAUGCAGCGGCAGCGCCGCUGGCUGAAGCGACACUGGAGCGUGAGCUAAGCGAAACUUUGAUUGUGUGCACAGAUGGGGAAAAGCAGCUGAGCAAGCGUCAUGAGCAGAGCAAGGAAACAGCUAAAAAGGGCGCCAAGCUGCUAAAGAAAACGGACGAAGAGCGUCGUCUAGAGCAGGAGGCGCAAAAACUUAUCGACAGCUAUCAAAAGGUUAAAAAGGAAGCGGAGAAAUUUUAUCAGCAGGAGCAGGCAGACGAUGAGCAGGGCUUCGAUCUAAGCGCAUUUGAGCAGCAAGAGGAGCCGCCAGCUGAGCUGCUGGAUGAGGAGCUGGGCUAUGUGCUGCAUAAGCAUAUUAUAGAGGCCAAGCCAAAGCCCAAGCCGCCAUUGCCUAGCAGCAAGCCAAAGCUGCCAGCAGCCACGCCCAUUGUCAAGCCCAAAACAGCGCCGCCUGCACCACCUGUGCCCAGCAAGCGCAGCGAGCAGAGUCUGCAAGCCAAGCCAACGCCCACGCAGCGACGACGCAGCUUGGAGCCGCAGGAGACGCAGUCGCAGCCACAGCCACUGGAGCGCAUCAUUGUAGGCGUUGAGCAGCUGCCAAACUCCCAAUCAAGCGAUGUUAUUACCUUGGCCAGCGUUGAUUUGCCAAAUGUUGCAUGCAUCGCGUCGCCAGUGCAUGAAAAUUUGCUAGCACAGGCUACGGACUUGCUGCAGGAUGAGCUGCAAUUUGAGAGUCAUCAAUUACCAAAUGCAGUCAGGCAGCCAACUGACAACCUGCUGAGCGAUAAGCUAAGCGACUCAGCCGACGAGUCAUCAUCGACAGCGUCAACGCCAGUUACAACGCCAAUUUUGGUAUCGGCAACGUCAUCACUAGAUUCGGUCAAAAGUGUCAUUGAGCUCAUCAAUGGACACAGACAGCCAGAGCAAGAGUCAGCGCCCGAACCAGCGCCAGCACCUGAGCCUGUCAACGAAACUACGCCCCAGCGUGUCACAGCAGUUGAUGAUGAUAGUCAAAGCCACGAAAUUGUGCAGGAUGUGUCAGCAUUGACGCUCAAUGGAGCACCCGAAACAGAUCUUGGUACCCUUAACAACAAUCACAGCCUUAUUGGCAGCAACAACAGCAACACACUCAUUAAUACAGCAACAGCAACAACAACAACAGCAACGAGCAAAAAGAGCUUUGUGACAAGCCCGACGACAGUGCAAGCAACAACAACAAAGUUAACAAGUUCCGGCACGAAUCCGAGUACAGCGAAAAUGGAGCUGCUGAGCAGCGCAACAGCAACAGCAACACAGUCAACAACAACAACAGCAAGUGCAACAACAACAGCAACAACAACAAAGCAGCUGCUGGUGCAGGAUUAUUUAAGCUACGCAGCACCACCAACAUAUUCACGCUUGCCGCCCGAUGGCCACGAGUUUCCACCCAACUUUAGUGAGCCGCUGAUCAUGCAACAGCCACUCAAAGGCGAGCUAAGCUUUGAAAGCAACAACAACAACAAAGGCGAGUCGGCGCCGCCGCUGCCCAAAACUGGGCCACCAGCUACAGUGCCGCGCACAGUUUAUCGCCAGGAUCUUGUGGUUAAUGUAGAGGAUGCGCGCACAACAGCAGCAGUUACAACAGCAACUACAACUCCAGCAACAGCAGCCAUGUCGGUUAGCCGUGAUUAUCAACGUUCCUUGAGCGCCAGUGCGCCACGCAAGCCCAGCGAUUGGCGCAAGGACGAAAAGUCCGAGAAAUCUGUGCGUGAUAAAAUUGCCAUGUUCAGCUCCAGCAAUGAGCUGGACAACAUUGCACCAGCGCUGCCCAGCAGCAGCAGCAGCAGCUUGAGCUACACACGCAAGCCGCUGAAUAUGAGCAGCGAGAAUUUGCUGGAGGCAGCAACAGCCACGCCCACGCCUGCGCUAAAAACACGCGCCAUGAGCGUCGAGAACUUGAACGAUGUGCAGCGCCAAUAUCAGUUGGCCAAGCAGCUGCCGCAGCUGCAUGUGGCCGACUCCAUGUACUCGCUCAACACGCUUGCCACGCCCAGCAGCUACGCCUCGCUGCCGCGUCGCAGUCACGCCGGCAUGGCCUCAGCUGUGGAGCGUCGCAUUAGCUUCUCGGGCGAGGGCGACGCAGCGACGCGCAAAGCUGCCAUCACCAACAUACUGGAGCAGCGACGUCGCAGUCUGAGCAAGCUGCGCGGCCUAGUCAUACCAGAGCGGCCGCAGCUGCUGGAGCCCAUACUGGACUUGCCGGAGAUUAAGAGUCAGGUGAAGGCAGCCAGCGGCGAAGACUCCACGGACAGCGGCUUGGGCGAAACGCGCUCCCAGCAACGCUCGCAGCAUUAUCAGCAACAGCCCAACAACAACACUUAUCGCAGCAUUUUUGUUGCCACACAGCGGCGUCCGCUGGAGUCACAGCCGCCCGCCAAGCCGCCACGCACUUCACUUGCCACGCCCACGCCUACACUUACGCCCAGUCGUUUAGCGCAGCCGCAGUUUGCUGCUGACCAGGAAAGCGAUACGGAUUCGGUUUUCUCCAGCACUGUGCGCGUGCCAACGCCGCCAGAAAAGUUCGCGCUCACACGCACACUCAGCUCGGAGACCAACACUUCCAUUGCCAGCAGCAACACCUCCACGCUCACCUCGGGCUCAUCCGCAGGCUCCCAAGCCAGCUGCAGCUCGCUGGGCAGCACUUCCCAAGUGGACUUGACGCGUCGCGUGCUCAAAUGCAAUCUAAAUGCCGCCGAGCUGAGCCCGAGCAAUCGCAAGAGCAUUUUGGCUUCCGCCAAGUGCCGCAGCGCCAAGAGUCGCGGUCUGGACAGCAAUCAGCUGGACAACGACAACGACAGCACCGAUGGCGAAGCUUGCGUUGCACGCAGACUCAAGCCAAGCUACAAGCAGCAGCAGCAGCAGCAGCAGUUGCUGGGCAAGCAGCUCGUAGUGGACAAGCUCAUCAAUGUGGCUGCCUAUGUAGAACUCACCUCGGACACAGACGACAGCAGUCGCCUGGGCUCGGAUACGCCCGCCAAGAUCAGUGCCAUGUUCAUUGACGAGGAGCGCAAGGCCAGCUUCAAGGCAGAUCCCAAGCCGCUGGUGCCAGCCAAGCCGCAGCUGGUGCAGGCCAAGCCUGUUGUCUGCCCCGCGCCGCAGCGCACACAAACACCAAAGCGUGAGCUCAAAUCCCAAACUACAGCCGAGCUGCGUGAAAAGUUUGAGCGCAGCGCUGCGGCUGCCGCUGCAGCUGCCACGGAAAUCGUCGUUGUCUAUAGCCCAGAACUGGUCGCCGCUAAUAAGCCGCAUCAUGAGCGCUUCAGCUCGCUGGACUCGCUGGCCAGCAGCUCAUCUGGGGUAAGCUCCACUACACAAAAUGUUAGCACUACACAAGAGACGGCCACAGAAUUUGGCAGCUUCAGCUCGCUGGGCAGCAAUCAAAGCCUGAUUACCGCACACGAUGUGCAGCAGAUUGUGGAGGAAGCUGAUCCGCCGCUCAAGACGCCCGAGGCGUUCAUCAUUGUGCUGCAGCGCGAUAAUCCCGAGAGCAGCAUUGGCAUUACGCUUGCCGGCGGCUCCGACUACGAGGCUAAGGAAAUUACUAUACACAAGAUUUUGAGCAACACGCCCGCUGCCAAGGACGGACGUCUGAAGAAGGGCGAUCGCAUUCUAGCCGUCAAUGGCAUGAGCAUGCGUGGACUUACCCAUCGCGAGUCCAUCAGCGUGCUUAAGACGCCACGUCCUGAAGUUGUGCUCGUUGUCACGCGCUCCGAGUCGCUGAUUGUCAAAGCUUUGAACAAGAAACGCUCCUCGCUGGGCUCGCUUAGCUCGCUGAAUGAAAAGCCCACCGAGCUGGACUUUGAGCGCAAGCGCAACUAUCACAAAGCCUCACGCUCCUUGGACCUCGAUUUGGAUAUUGUUUCCAAUGAAGGGCGGCGACGCUACUGUGCGCCAGCACGCCCAGCUACCACCAGCACAGGCACCAACAGUCCACAGCAGCCGGCUAGCCUGCUCGAUGAGUCGCACAACAAUGAGGCGGAGGUCACCUUGGCCGGCAUACGCGCCAGACGUCAAUUGUCCCGUGGUGACGCCGCCAAGCUGAGCACUAGCGAGCUGCUGGAGCGCGCUGCUGAAGCUCGUCAUGCCAUUGCCGCUGAGAUUCGUGCUCAAGCUGAGGAUACAGUUGGAGGUGGAGCACGCUGUGUUGAAAUUAUCAAGGAUAGCUGUGGACUCGGCUUCUCCAUUGAGGGCGGCUUCGACUCGCCGCUGGGCAAUCGCCCGCUUAUUGUCAAGAAAGUUUUCAUGGGUGGCGCCGCCCAGAAGACCAAUCAGGUGCGCAACGGCGAUGAGAUCCUCAGCAUUAAUGGUGCCUCGACUGCGCGCAUGACACGCGUCGAUGCCUGGAACUAUAUGAAGCAACUGCCGUUGGGUGCGGUGAGAAUUACUUUUGCCUAGGAUGCGGAAUCCGUUGGAGAAAUGCGCCACAAUUUUUUUUAGUUUUAAGCGUACUGUUGCAAUGAGAGAUGUUUUUGCAUUUAAACGAUCUAUAAUUAUAAUCUUAACCAUACAUUUAAAUAAUUUAAAGUGCAAUUGCAAGUUAUAUUUUUUUGAUUUUGAUGCGUUGGCAUUAUCCACCGCCGCCCCUAUAAAUAUAUAUGCAUUAUAUAUCUAAGUAUCUUACAUCCAUGAUUGUAUAUAACUAUCUUAACUAAUAUACAUAUUUAAAUUCUAAAAUUUAUGCAGCAAAAUUAUGAAAUCUUUUUAACA